AAAAUGAAAUUUCUCUCACGAAGAGUUUUUUGGCAACUUGUAGUUGGCAAACUUGAUGUUAUCACUGAUCGCUAAUCAAUUCGAAACAGGAAUAUUUUAAUUAAACGCGAAUUUUAAUUACUGUGUAAUAAAAUUGAUUCUGAAGAUUGAACUGUCUGUCUCACCGAUUCUCCUAAAAUGGUUGUCAGAGCUGCCGGUUACGUAAUCUUUCGCAAAUGCGCCGAUAUUGAAUUUUUAUUGCUACAAGCUUCUUACGGAGAUUUUCACUGGUCUCCGCCCAAAGGACAUGUUGAUCCGGGAGAAAAUGAGCCGGAAACUGCUUUGAGAGAAGUUGAAGAAGAAACCGGGCUUAAAAAAAGUGAUCUAAGGAUUAUUUCCGGGUUUGAAAAAGUUUUAACUUAUAAGGUUAAACAAAAGCCUAAAGCUGUCGUAUAUUGGAUGGCCGAAUUGAUCAAUCCCAAUCAAGAAGUGAAAAUAUCUCACGAACAUAAAGAUUUUAAAUGGUUACCUUUGAAAGAAGCCUGCGACAUUGCAAAAUAUCCAGAAUCUAUUGAUUUAUUGAAAGCGAGUCAUGACUUUUUAUCGUCUUCUUCGUGAUUUGAUGUGGAUUAAAGCAGAUGUCUGAAUGGAAGAAUUAUUUUCAUAAUGAAGUAAGAGUACUCGAAACUCGAAGCUGAGAAUAUCUGCCAAGUGCGAUCUACUUCAUCGUGUUAUUUGUUGUAAAAUUAAGUUCUUUUACGUAUUGAAACAUUCAUAUUGUAUCAUGGUUUAAAAUAAAGGUUUUCAAAUUAUUAA